CGGGGGAGAGCGGAUAUAGUGAAUGCAGGUCCGGGGAGAGCGGAUAUAGUGAAUGCAGGGUCCGGGGAGAGCGGAUAUAGUGAAUGCAGGGGUCCGGGGGAGACCGGAUAUAGUGAAUGCAGGGUCCUUGGAGAGACCGGAUAUAGUGAAUGCAGGGUCCGGGGGCAGAGGGAUAUAGUGAAUGCAGGGUCCGGGGAGAGCGGAUAUAGUGAAUGCAGGGUCCGGGGAGACCGGGAUAUAGUGAAUGCGGGGGUCCGGGGAGAGCGGAUAUAGUGAAUGCAGGGUCCGGGGAGAGCGGAUAUAGUGAAUGCAGGGGGAGAUGGAGAGCAGAUAUAGUGAAUGCAGGGUCAGGGGAGACAGAUACUGGUGAAUGCAGGGGGGAGAGGGAUAUAUUGACUGCGGGGGGGAUGUGAAGGUAUAGGGACAUGCUACUGGGGGGAUGUGAUAGGGGAAGAGCAGGGUCCAGGGAGAUGGACAUAGGACAAUGCAUUGGGGGUUAGAAGACACUACUGUGGGGGGUGAUGGGAAGAGGACACUGCAUUGUUGGGGGGUACAGGG